GGUCGGGUUCGCUCGUCCAGCCGCGUGUGUUGCUCACUGCUGUGGUCCACUCUGCUGACCUCCCUGCCCCACCACCCUCACAAACCCACCACUCCCGCCAGUUACCAAGGCCGGGUCACACAACCUCAACUCGCUCCAGUUCCCACGAACAAAUUUGCAUUUCGGGGUAGUUUUUACGCUAUAACAGGACGGAAGAAAGCGUAACUCGAGGGGGACUGCUAGUCAUGUCCAUUUGGCGGUCAGGUCCAUCCACGAGUGACACUUUAUCUGUCCACUACGGGUUCCUUGAUCUCUCCUGGUUUUGGAAAAAUUACUGUUUGACCGUGGGCGGUCUCAUUCCCGCCCACCCAUCAUCACCCCCUGGAGAGGACUGUAGGACCUCCAGAUCUACUAUAGGACUGUAGAAAAACUACUAGGGAACUAGGGACCCCUGGAAACAAGAAGAAUAUAACAGGAUUCCUGGAAGGGAUCACCGUAGAACUCAAGAACAUGAACAGCAACAAGAAGUUAUGAGAUCGUCACCAGCGCUUAUAUCAACAUGAAGACCAGGGUAUGGUGUCUCUGUCAGGUGGUGUUGGCUGUGGUGACGAGAGCAGUUCCUCUGGCUCAGCACAACACAGCUUCUCCUACACGCCUGGAGAAGACACAAUACGACAAGUGCUCUCAUUCCUUCCACGCGUGGCUGUGUCGCCCAAGUCUUCCUGUUGGAGCUGGCCGCCUUCCUACUGUCGUGUUCUCCUCCACCACCACCCGUCAACCACCUCCCACUCAUUCACAACUGCCAUUCACCCGUCCACGACCUCCCACCCAUCAACAAUCUCCACCCACCCGCCCAACAUCUCCACCCAUCACCACACCCCAACAUCGAAAAGGUUCCUUCCUUGAUGCAGAGCCUUCACUGGGAGGAGUCUUUGAUUCUGUGCCAUUCUCAGCUCCUGCCUUACAUCCUUUUACUUUUCCACUUCCCACGCCUCCACCUCAACCCACGCCUCCCAACCCAUCACUUCAAAGCACGCCUCCUACCUCACCACCUCAACCCACACCUCUUACUCCACCACUUCAACCCACGCCUCCUACCCCACCUCCUCAACCCACAGAUCCCACCCCACCACAAUUCAUCAGAACACAGGUCCCUCACCAAGGCAGUGUAUUCUUCUCUGAUCCUUUACAUGCAGGAAGAAGCUUCGACUCUGAAGCCUCUCUUGGCGCUCCUGCACCCACAUUACCUCCUCAAACUCUUCAAAUAUCUUCCAUCCCACCAUCGGACAAGUGUUCCAGUCCUUUCCAAUCGUGGAGGUGCCAGAAGGUCACCACUCCUGCACCACCACCCAGAAAUGGAGACGAUAACUCCCCUGACGCUUCCCUCAGAGCCGGGAAGGACCUGCUGCCUGAGGCUCUCCCUGAACCUCCGCCAUCCAAAAUCAACGACAAGUGCUCACACCCAUUCCAUUCUUGGUUGUGUCAGCCAGCACCACGCUCCAGGACCAUCCACCGCCCUCUGGCACAGCCAUCACAACUGAAGCACCUAUGAGUUCUGGUGUGUUCGCUGAAUCUACCAAUACUCAGGGUAGGAAACAACUCAUCCCAGAAUCCUUGCCAUCUCCCACCCGACUUCCGCCACCCACCUCACCACCUGUAAUUCCCCCCAACACCACAACCACCUACGACAAGUGUAGCCAUCCGCUUCAUUCAUGGCGGUGCUUCAAGCCCUCAAAACCACUGCGACUUGCUCCUCCGAAGGCAAAGACCUUCCCUACUGGAGGUUUGCUAGACUCUGGGGUAGGGCUGAUGCUCCCUGCCCCAACACAACCGUCACCCCCAGCACCACGACUGCUCCCUUCUACAACACCAUCGUCACUGCCACCCCCAGCACCACGAC